UUUGCAUUCAGAUAACGGGGGAAGCGCAAUUUCUUUUCAACAAAAAGUAAACAAAAAUUUUGUCACGAACGUAAAUGAAUUAAUUAAGAGAAACUGGAAUAAAUUUGUGUGCCUUAGCUUGCUGCUUCGGGAAAAUGAGUCGAGUGUUCCAUUCAAUGUGAACUCGUGAACAGAUCAACGUGGAAUUGUUUUUUAAAACAUGCAGUAAUCUGAAUAUGGUGCAUACGACCACUUUAUCAGUGAAUCAUUCAAAGCCUUUCGCAUUGUACAGUCGAGAUAAUUGAUGACAUAAGAUGAGUUUCAGCAGUGGUCCUGUUGUGUUCUUUUUCGUUUUCAUCGUCAUUUUUGCAAUAGUUAUUGCAAACGUUGCUAAUUUGAUAAACAACUUAAGUUUGUCGCAAGGCUCUUAUGGGGACGGCAAACACAAACGGCUGGAGCAAAACAAUGUGGUACGAAUCGAUGACUCAACGGAGCACUUAAUGUGGUUUGUUCAGGUAUCGGACAUUCACAUCAGCCUCUUUAGUGACAAAGAGAGAAUCGACCAAUUUCGAGAAUUUACAUCCCGAAUAUUGGACAUCAUCAAGCCCGAUGUUGUACUAGCCUCCGGUGAUCUGACCGAUGCCAGAGAUAACAAUAUUUUCGGAUCGAGACAGUACAUCGGCGAAUGGGAAGCGUAUCGUAAAGCAAUAGACGAUAGUGGAGUACUUAAUAGGACAGUAUGGAUGGACAUACGAGGAAAUCAUGACAAUUUCAACGUCGCUGGAUCGAAAUCGGACUCCGAUCUGUUCAUCGAAUAUUCCGUUCAGGGAAAGACCAAUCCCCGGGCGUACAUGAAACAGAUCCAGAAAGGAAGCGAAAAGUAUACCUUCAUAGCUGUCGAUGCUUGUUUGAAGCCGAAGGGUCCGAAACGGCCGUUCAAUUUUAUCGGCGUUCUGUCACAAAACGACACCAACUAUUUGCGACAAUUGGCUGAUGCGGCCCGAAAGAAUGGCGGCAAUUACACGAUUUGGUUCGGCCACUAUCCCACUUCGUGCAUCAUAACCGGCGAUACUGGAAGCUAUGGGCUACGUCGAUUGAUCGGAGAGUAUGAUGAGAGUUUCGCUUAUCUGUGCGGCCAUUUGCACAAUUUCGGAGGAUCGGUUCCGCGGAUGUUCACACUGCAACAGGACGGAUUUUUGGAACUGGAACUGGGUGAUUGGAAGAGAUUUCGAUGGUUUCGUUUGGGUGCUAUCGAUCAUGGACUGUUUUCGUUCGUCGACACACAUCACAACGAUUUCCCCAUAGUGUUAGUGACCAAUCCGAAGAAUUACAUGUUCAACAUACCCCACCGAGAGCAUCCCAAUUUACAGAAAGACUCAACCCAUAUUCGAAUACUCGCAUUUUCGACCGCCCCAAUAAACAACUGUUCCGUUCGUAUCAACAGUGAGGAAUGGAAGAACUGUACGAAAAUCAACGACCGAUUGUUUGUUGUCAAGUGGAAUCCACACUUGUACGCAAGUGGAGUACAUUCACUGGAAGUGAAUGUCGUCGAUGGUGAUGGCAAGCAACGAUUGACAACGCAAGAGUUUUCCCUGGACGGCACUAGAACCCAAUUCGACACAAUGGCUCGAAUAACGUUGAUGAGCGAUGCGACGACCGUGUUCAAAGUAUUUUUCGGAUUCGCUGUGUCAUUUUGUGUCGUCCCACUGGUUUUCUUCCGUGUGUGGCACAUCUUAACUCAAGUUGGAUGGACGUCCCGACCGCGGGCCGUAGGAAUCGUUCGUCGCCUUUGGAUACUGUCGACAAUCAAUCGAAUCACCAUUCCAAUUAUUAUCUACUGCUUGUAUUUGGCUGUUGGACCAUGGUCAAUCGUCGAAGUGGUGGACGGUCACACCGGAUACGUUUUUUACCAUGGCAUCUAUUUGAACAACGGAUACAUUCCGAACGCUCUGUCCUGCCUGUACGGAUUUUUCCAGUUGAUGUUGUGCCAGCUACCGAUGACGUUCAUUUUCGCGACAUUGGUCAACCGACGGUAUUGCAAAUACAUGGGCAUCAAGCGGACAUCGACCGGUUCGACGCUGUGGGGCAAAAUUACCCAUGCACCGUUCGUAAUUAUUGUUUUGGUGGAAAUCGUUUUGGCUGUGGUGUUUGCCAUCGAUUAUGGAUUCGUUGCGUUGUUGCUGUCUCCAUUCCGUAUGUGGUCUGUGAUUAUGAACGUUGUGCUGUGGUGUCUGGCUAAAAAUAUUCCCUACGAAUCGUUGAGGCCAGCCGUUCAAGUAUGGGGUGAUAGGAAGAACUCUUAUCAAGUAGACAGCCAUAGAGACCUUUAAAGUAGAUAAAUUAGUCACAAAUAAUUAUACAAAAAAAUUCCGCACGUCACAUUUCUUUCCGGAUAAAAAUAGAAAUUCAAAUGAUUCCACGGUACGCUUAUAGGUAUUUCCGUUAGUCGGUUUGCCGGCAAAAUAAUAUUUUGAUGCGCGUUACGCUUUUCGAUGCAAAUAACUGCUGAUUGUGUUAAGUGUCGCCGAUUUUUUUUUAACUUGAAACAACAACAACAAAUUGUAACUAACCACCGAAUCACUGAAACUGCCCCUCACAUCACACCUGAAAUGCUCUUUGUUCUAGGAUUUGCAGCACAGUUUGUCUGAACUGAACAUUAAGCUAAAUUAGAACUGUCGUCUGACCUUUUACAAGCAGCGAGCAAAUCUUUUACUUCAUUUGUUUACUGUAGAUUGUCGUAAACGUUUGGCUGGGUCAUUUAUGAGAAAAGAAAAAUAUUCGGUUUCAUCUUGUCUCCGUUGUCACCUUCGUUUUUAGUUUUCACUUAUCAGAAGCCUUAAAAUAGGUCAAUCUCAGU